UCUGUCAAGUGUGAAUUUAAAAAAGCUUUUUGAUGGUAUUGUUUUUAUUUUGCAAAAAUAAUUUAAGUUCAUUGUUAAAUAAUUUAAAUAUAAGUAAUAUUUGAGAUACCAUUAAAAUGACUGAAGUUCAACUACAAGAAUUUAAAUUAGAACCUGACUCGGAAUUACGUUUUGAAGUAGAAUCUAAAAACGAAAAAGUUGUUUUAGAGGUUAAAAGCGGUUAUGCCGAGUUGUUUGGCACGGAGCUAGUUAAAGGAAAGCCUUAUGAGUUCCAUACUGGUGCUAAAGUGGCAGUGUUCACGUGGCAUGGGUGCACGGUCGAGCUCCGAGGUCGCACUGAAGUUAGUUAUAUCGCUAAGGAAACUCCCAUGGUAGUCUAUCUGAAUGUUCAUGCAGCACUGGAACAGCAGAGAGUUGCAGCAGAACAGGAGAAUACAAGAGGCCCUGUCACCAUGGUGGUGGGGCCAGGUGAUGUAGGCAAGUCGACAUUAACUAGGAUACUACUAAAUUAUGCAGUAAGAAUGGGAAGACGUCCAAUAUUUGUGGAAUUAGAUGUCGGCCAAGGUCACAUUAGUGUCCCUGGAACUGUAGGUGCCUUGUUAGUCGAGAGGCCGGCAUCUAUAGAAGAAGGCUUCAGUCAGCAAGCACCUCUUGUUUAUCACUUUGGUCAUAAAUCACCUGGAGAGAAUCUGGAACUGUAUAACACGAUUGUGUCAAGACUAGCAGAGGUGAUUGCUGAACGAUGUGAAAAUAAUAAGAAAGCGUCAACGUCAGGUGUAAUAAUAAACACUUGCGGUUGGGUGAAAGGAGCGGGAUAUAAGGUUUUGACACAUGCCGCACAGGCAUUCGAGGUGGAUGUAAUUUUAGUAUUAGAUAACGAAAGGCUGUACAAUGAGCUGAAGAGGGAUAUGCCGAAAUUUGUCAAAGUUGUUUACUUACCAAAAAGUGGAGGGGUAGUAGAGAGAUCGUCUACCCAGCGAGCUGAGGCCAGGGAUGCUCGGAUACGGGAGUAUUUCUAUGGAAAGCGAACACCAUACUACCCACAUUCGUUUGACGUCAAGUUCUCCGACUUGAAGAUAUAUAAGGUGGGCGCGCCGUCGCUGCCCGACUCGUGCAUGCCGCUGGGCAUGCGCGCGGAGGACGCGCUGACCAAGCUGGUGAGCGUGUGGCCCGCGCCCGCGCUGGCGCACCGCCUGCUCGCCGUGUCCUUCGCCGCCGGGCCCGACGACCACGUGCUGCACUGCAACCUCGCCGGCUUCGUGUGCGUUACGGCGGUGGAUCCCGAGCGGCAGACGCUGACCAUCCUGUCGCCGCAGCCGCGCCCGCUGCCGGCGACGGUGCUGCUGCUGUCUGACCUGCAGUACAUGGACAACCACUAGCGACCCGGACCCGUACCGACCCAUUGCGGUGCCUCGAUCGUUUCUAGUGGACGACGUUUUUUAUCGGCACGGUGAAAUUCACAUAAAUAAAAAUAUUUUGAUAAAAAUGUUUAUUAAAAUUAAUGCGCCUGUACGUAAGAUCAACCCAAAUAGUGUGCGAUGGAUUUUAUCGACGUGAGUGUGAUGAAUUUUUAUCAUUCAAAUGUGUACAUAGAAAUAGUUAAUUUUUUUGUAAAUAAAAGAUUUUUUGUUUUUAAUAA